UACUUAUACAUGGUUGCCAGAGAUUUUUCCUGAUUUGCACAUGUAUGUUUGAAAAAUAUGUAGGUGGUUUAUUUUUAAUUGUUAUCUAGAAAUCUAAUCCCCUUUUCCCCCUCCUCAAUAAUAAGAUGCUUUUGCGACAAAAUGUUUGAUGAUAUGCCUGAACCAAAAAAGAUUUCUUAGCUACCCAUUAAGGUGUAAUGUUGAGAAUAAAGAGAUUGUAGAAGUCUCCUUGUUUUCAAUAUUAGUAGCUCUGCCUUAGAAUUGUAACAUUACAUCGAUAGUGAUUUCGAGAUUAAAGUCUUAGCUUCUUUCCUGGUUGGUCUUAGAUUAUUCAAGAUAAAUAGAGGGAGGGUGAUGGGGCAAGGAAAGGAAAAAGAAGACAGAACACUUCGGACAAAUUGCCCACACUUGAGUCUUUAAUAUCAAGAAAUAUCCUAAUAUCUCUUGAAAGGCCUCUAAUCAAGAACCAACAUUAAUGAUAAAAAAGGCAAAUGCACCAUAUGUAGAAACGCAAAUGGACGAAAGGUAAUUAAAGGUAAAUAACUAGGGAAAAAAUUAGUUAACAAAAGCUCCACUUUAGUAAGAGAAACCAUGAAGGAAGGAAGCCUUGAACAUUGAAUAAAAGCUGAUCAACCAUAGAAUAUGAAAUCGUGUUUAGCAUAUGUUAAGGUCGCUAUUAAGACUUCAUCAAUAUUUUUCAUCAACUUAACUCAUGACAAGGAUGAUACACUGAUAAGUACAAAAUAAUACUGUUCAAACAUAAGGUGAACUUAGGAGCAUAAAUCUUACAUUGAUAUAGGAGCUUGAAUUUGCUUUAUUGUGCCAAAUAAAACUGUGAUAGAUAAGAUGUUUCGUAAUAUAGAAACUACUUUAUGGAUAAAUUGUAAACGUGUCUUCUUCGAUUAGAUUCACCACGUAGUUUAGAGUGAUAUGGUCCAUUAUCCAUUUGUCAUCCUAUCGAGCUCUUGUUCUUUUCUUUAAUUAUAUUUGAGUUUGAUUACUCUUCUGGUGUCUCUCAGUUGAAACUUAUAUUUUGAGUUAAGUUCUAUAGCGUUCCGUGUUCACUCUCCAAAAUACACGUGUAUCCUGGAUUUUUGAUAAGCGAGACAAUCAGUGAGCCUGACGUUGGAAGAGAAUAUUUCUGAGUUUUGCUUAGUUUUCCUCUCUUCUUUCAUGGUGGAUUUUGAACAUGCAUGUGGUUAUUUUAUCAAAAUAUUCUAGAUUCUGAAUUGCUAUCAGAAACAAAAAGAGUAGUGAAAGGGGUGCUAUAAUAUAAGCAAUCUUCAUUAGUAAAAGGAAAUUUAUUGGAUAUUUCAGGAAGCAUUUAGGCGCAAGAGAGAUUCAUCUGUUGAAGUUUUGAGGUGGAUCCAGGAAUGGAGCUAGGGCUGGUCACCUUGUUGAGAGCUGCAUGGAUUGCUGCCACCUUGCCCAUAGUCAUUUCUUUGAUUCCUUCCUCAAAGCUUCGGUCUUUUCAACAAUUUUUGUUAGGGUUUGCUAAGCGUGGCAAGAUUAUGCAAUCCUCUUCAAGUAAACUCUCCGUUCCACAGAAACUCUUCAUUCACUUCUAUAUUUUAGCUUUUGCCUGGACAACACUUCUGUUAGCUGCAACCUGGAUUUAUGCUUAUAGUACAAUGCCAAAGCUCUCGGAACCUUUGCUUUUUUCUAGUAUUGUUAGCCACUUGACCGGAGGGUCGCGUAUCUUCUCUUUACAAGGAUCUCAUUCAUCAAAGGAACAUAGAAGCAAGAUUGGUUUAUCAGUCUUUCUGCUUUUAUUAAUGGAAGCUCAAGUACUUCGACGCCUCUUUGAGUCAAUAUAUGUGUUUAGAUACAGUCCUUCAGCAAGGAUGCACAUUUUCGGCUAUCUGACAGGUUUAUUCUUCUAUACAGCAGGUCCCCUCUCUCUUUGCUGCAAUUAUGGUACAGAGGUAUACAAGUUUGGGUUGAGUUUGAUUCAAGAGUUUAUUGUUAAAGGGAAAGAUAGGAUGCUAGUAACUGAAGUUGAUUGGUGGAGAUUUUUGAACCCUCUCAUGCAACAAAGAUGGUACGCAUGGAUUGGUGCAGCUAUUUUCUGUUGGGGAUGGAUUCAUCAACGCCGGUGUCAUGCAAUUCUUGGUUCACUCAGGGAGAACAGAGAACACAGUGAUGAUUAUGUAGUCCCUCAUGGUGAUUGGUUUCAAUAUGUUUCAUCUCCUCACUAUUUGGCUGAGAUUGUUAUAUAUGCUGGCUUUGUGGUUGCUAGUGGAUGUUCAGACCUUACGAUAUGCCUACUCUGGGGAUUUGUGGUGGCAAAUCUUGUCUUAGCAGCAGCAGAAACACAUAGAUGGUAUCUGCAUAAGUUUGACAACUAUCCUCGGAAUCGUUUUGCUAUUUUCCCAUUUGCUUAUUAAUAUGCUUUAUGUCCAAGUUUCACUAUAUUAUUUCUUUGAGCGGAACUGUGACUCUAUAUAGGUUUUGUAAGCUAGAUGUGAUUUGUUUCUUGGGUUAGCUGGUAGAAACUGUGUCCUAGCCAUGGAUGCAGAUCUGUGGAUCAAAAUCUUGGCCAACUUUUUUAGUGAGUCAAUGGGAGCAAUUGUGGUUUGCCCUUUUGGAUUUUAACUAUAGCUUCCUUAUCAUGCAACAUAAAUAAUUGAAGAUUGUGGAUGUUGCAGCAGAA